GACGCAGGGGCACUGCAGGGCCCAGGGCUGCAGCGGCGGAGCAGGAUGGAGAUCCCGGUUCCUGUGCAGCCGUCUUGGCUGCGCCGCGCCUCGGCCCCGUUGCCCGGACUUUCGGCGCCCGGACGCCUCUUUGACCAGCGCUUCGGCGAGGGGCUGCUGGAGGCCGAGCUGGCUGCUCUCUGCCCCACCGCGCUCGCCCCCUACUACCUGCGCGCACCCAGCGUGGCGCUGCCGGUGGCCCAGGUGCCGACGGACCCCGGCCAUUUCUCGGUGCUGCUGGACGUGAAGCACUUCACGCCGGAGGAAAUUGCUGUCAAAGUGGUCGGCGAACACGUGGAGGUGCAUGCGCGCCACGAGGAGCGCCCGGAUGAGCAUGGGUUCGUCGCGCGCGAGUUCCACCGCCGCUACCGCUUGCCGCCUGGCGUGGACCCUGCCGCCGUGACGUCCGCGCUGUCCCCCGAGGGCGUUCUGUCCAUCCAGGCUGCACCAGCGUCAGCCCAGGCCCCACUGUCGCCACCGGCUGCCCCCAAGUAGGGGUCUGGACGCGCCCGAACCCCGGGAGCUGCCUCAGGUUCCCUUUUAAAGCCGAUCUGACUCCGCCCAGCCAGAUGUCCCAAGCGCGCCAAGACCGUCCUCCCACCCAGUUCGGGAUCCAGCCCUGACCCCUCCACCCUAGCCUCAAUGACUAAACCCUUCCACUGACAACCCCACUUUCACACCCCAGCCCCAAUACCUCCCUAGCUUCCAGACCCUGCAAGCAUUACCCUGACCCUCAGCCUACAGCAUCUCACCCCCACUGACCCCAUCUUCCUGGUGUGUAUCUCUACUCAAGACUCCUUCUACUUCCUUCUGGCUCCUCUACGGAGACAUCUCUACAUCUCAUUUCCAUCCCUUCCUCAUUAGACACCAGAUUAUGGUGUAGACAGCCCUGCCACCACCCCAGGCCAGUCAGGGAUAAUCUCUUCACCCCCAAAUGUCCCAGACUGCAGAGACCUCCCAUUCCAGACCAUCUAGGCCUGGUCCCAAGAUCCUGGAUCCUUCCCUUGCAACCAAAUACUCUACUCCCCACCCCCCACCCCCAGCCCAUUUUCUGACUUGAAACCCCAGCCACCACUUCAACCCUUUUCUGACCAUCACCCUAGGAUACCUAACCUAGGCCAACCAGGACUCCCAACUGCAAACUGUACACACACCCUACCCUCCCAACCUCCCCAGACUCCUGCACAGAUGUCCCAGGCCCCCUCCCAAACUCUAAACAGAACCCCCCAGUCCCUUUGUCCUGACCCCCAAGUCUCCGCCAGAUAUACUAGGCAACCCACCUUCCACACUGCUCUUAUCCCUCAAGACCUAACCAAGCAGCCACUCUUUCACUCCCUACAACCUUUUUCCCUCUUUGAAUUCCCUGCCACCCUAUCUACACACACAUACACACACACACACACCACACACACACACACACACACACACACACACACACACACCACACACGCACGCACGCACACACACACACACACACACACACACCCGCCACUCCUAUCUAGGCUCAUUCCCGCAAUAAAUGUGCUAGAGCUGUG